GGUACUCUAUUAGUUUAAAAAAAUAGAGAUAAACCAUUCAACAAAACAGAGCAGAAGUGGUUCGUUGAGAUGGCAGUUUACUCUGUUCUCGACGAUGCCUCGGCGUUGGCCUCUCUUCCCGGUGACGUUGACGGUUACAUCUCUAUUUGCGGUUACGGCUCUCUCCUCUCCGAGAAAAGUGCUAGAUCAACUUUUCCCAACCUAAUUAACUUCCGAACCGCCAGAUUAACCGGUUUCCGCCGUCUCUUCUCCUUCGUAGGAGCUUUCUUUUUCACUCACGGCAUCGCCAACCUCAAAACUCAGGAAAUUGCUGCUCUCUCUGUUGAGCCUUACGAAGAUGAAACCUUUAUCACCACUGUUUUUGAUAUUAAGAAAACUGAGAUUCCUGCGUUUAUUCAAAGGGAGAGGGAAUACAGAUUUUUAGCUGUUGUUCCUGAAUCACUAGAUGGAAAGCCCUUUACUAAUCCAGCAGUCAUUUGUGCAUCUUACACUGACGAGGAAUUCUUUAAAUUUAAAUGCUGUGAGGGAAAGGAAACAUAUUUUCAACAUUAUGGAGAAUAUAAUGUUCAUAAGAUUUGGCGGGAUGACGUUUUACCAUGCCGUGUUUAUCUUCGACACUGUGUCCUAGCUGCAAAAAGCCUCGGCGAUGAAGUUUACAAUAACUUCUUGGACCAUGCCUUCAUUGCUGAUCGCAAAACAACAAUACGUCAGUACUUUGAGACAAUAGGCACAGGUAUCAUGGAAGAAGAGCCACCUGAGUCAUUAAAAACCCGUUACGGCGGUUGAUCAAACCAAUAGUCGACAACUUGUUGCCAAGGCGUUGGCUUAUGAGGUUUUCAUUUCUAAAUUUGUUGUCCUCGUGUACUUUUCAAAUGAGAAGUAUAGAUAAUUGCAUUCUUUUCAUGGAUCGCAUCAGAUAUGCGUUCACUAUUGAUGUGUAUCGUAUACAGUCGAUGCUUGGGGCAGUGUCCUAGCCCGAAAAGAAAAUUAUAUAUAGAUUAAAUAUUGUGAACUUUUCUUAUUGGUUGUAAUAAUGCAAUAUUGAUAUUGUUAAACUCAAA